AUGCUUUUGUUCAAUUUCAUUUUGGCUGCUCUCGGUCACUUCCUCUUUCCCCUGAUUUUAGUUGAGUCUCCGACCGAGGAGGAGAAUCUUCAUAUUGCACGGUAUGGCCGCCUUGGCCAAAUUCACAAUGCCUGCCAAGUAUUCGAUGGUUUACGGGAAAAAAACAUCGUGUCUUGGAACUCCAUGGUUGCAUGUUAUUUCCAAAACAACCAACCCAAUGAAGCCCGAAAUCUGUUCGAACAAAUGCCUGAAAGAAGCACUAUGUCUUGGAACGGUUUGAUUUAUGGCUAUGUGAAGAACAUGAUGGUAAAGGAAGCCCGAGAAGUGUUCGACAAAAUGCCUUACAGAAACGUUAUUUCCUGGACUGCUAUGAUUAGAGGAUAUAUACAAGAAGGUCUGGUUUCUGAAGCAGAAACACUUUUCGUGAAGAUGCCCGACAGGAACGUCGUGUCUUACACAGUGAUGUUCGGUGGCCUCAUUCAAGAUAAUCAAAUCGACAAAGCUUGUGGGGCAGAAUAUUGUUCAGAGCUUUUCUGUGAGGCAUAAUAAUACCAGCUUCUUGCAAAAGAAGCAACUCAAAUAGCUUUGAAGGAUGAAAUACAGUUGAUGGUGAGUUAGUUCAUUACUUAUUCUUAUUUGUAGAUGGAAGAUGCAAAAAAAAUUCAUGUCUAUAGUUUCUAUGGAGUUUGUAAUCCACAACUUUCAACCACAGGAGAUUGAAUUUCCAACUGUUGGGCUAGAAUCUAUGCCAGGUUUUUUCUUAUUCAAUGACGGGAAGUAUGCAAAUGGUUCGUGAAUUUUUUGAUCUCCUUGUAGUUCUAGAAAAGGCUACAAAAACCAGAAUAGUAUGUAAAUAAACAACCUAUGUAAUUCUAAUAUCUAUUUUCACCAUGUUAUAUAUAUGAUAGUUUUCGUCAAUUAUUUCACCUUCCACUUUCACUCCCCAAAAAAACUACAAUGAAGUCCGAAGAACUUGAAUACUCCAACCCAUGCGGAGCAUGGGGAAACUUUUCUAGUUCACAUGAAGAUUCAAGAUUAAGAAUCAUUCAUCGUGAUCUGAAGGUUAGCAAAAUUUUGCUGGAUUUUGAUAUGAACCCCUAAGAUUUCUGAUUUUGGUCUAUUGAGGAUUGUUGGAGUGGAUCAAACUGAAGUAAACACCAAUCGAAUUGUCGGAACAUAGUAUCAAAUAUAAAAUCACCUCAAGACAACUUCAAAACUCAAAGAAGCACAAGGAAACUUUUAUAUCGAGCAAUAGCCUUCUCAUGAAGACAAGGACCAAUACCAACAAGAUGAAUGCCUAGUUAUGUCUAGUUUUUGGUUUAUGAUGUUUUUUGCUUUAUUUAUCAUAUUUUAAUACUUGCAAAUAGUAUAAUUUUCAUUUUUUUUUGGUAUUUUAAUUACGAAUUUAAUGUAUGGA